UUCCGGGGUCUGUGCCAAGGGCCUCGGGUGGCCCUACUCUCGGUCCCUGAAAAGGAGAAGGCGGUACAUGGGGGAGCUGGCUUAGCUGGAGCUGGGCGGUGCCAGCCUGGCGCGUUGUUUAUUUGCAUUCCAAUCAACCUGCACGUAGCCGGCUAUUUAUGACCCUGGACCUUGGCCGGGCUCCACCGCGGGCGGUUUCCCAGCCUGGAGCUCAGCAAGGUGCCUGUCCCAGGAAGCCCGGAGCUGGGAGGGGAUGGAGGGCUCCUGGUCCCGAGACCCCAUGUGCGGCUGGUGGAAGUGGCCCCGGGACGGCGAGAUGCCCGCGGAGCACAGGGACGUCCUGGUGCUGCUCCCCACACGGGAACGGCUGCGGCUGGUCAUGGGGGUGCAGGCCACCGGGCACGAGCUCUUCCAGCAGGUGUGCGACCUGGCCGGCAUCAGAGAAGCCCACUUCUUUGGCCUCAGUGUGAUAAGAAACAGCGAGCACGUCUUCAUGGAUUUGGAGCAGAAGCUCAGCAAAUACUUCUCAAAGGACUGGAAGAGAGAAAUGCAUAGAGGAAGCGGCAGGCCCGGUGCCCCCUUCGUGGCCUUCCUCAGGGUGCAGUACUACGUGGAAAAUGGAAGGCUUAUCAGCGACAGGAGGGCCAGGCACCUGUACUACUGCCACCUGAAGGAGCGGGUGCUGCGGUCCCAGUGCGCCCACCGGGAGGAGGCCUACUUCCUGCUGGCUGCCUACGGGCUGCAGGCCGACCUGGGCAAUUACCGCGAGCCGGCACACUCGGGCCGCUACUUUGAGCCGCAGGCCUACUUCCCGCAGUGGAUCAUCACCAAGAGGGGCAGCGCCUACAUCCUCCGGCACACGCCCGCCCUGCACCGCGAGCAGCGGGGCCUGAGCCCCAAGCAGGCCGUGCUGCACUUCAUCCGGGAGGCCUGCCGCCUGGAGGACGUGCCCGUGCAUUUCUUCAGGCUGUACAAGGAUAAGAAGGAGGACCGACCUACUAUUGUCCUGGGACUGACCCUCAGAGGAGUGCAGGUCUAUCAGGAGGUGAACCACAUUCCACAGCUGCUCUACGACUUCCCCUGGCACCACGUCGGGAAGCUGGCCUUUCUGGGCAAGAAGUUCGAGCUCUGGCCGGACGGGCUGCCCGCGGCCCGGAAGCUGGUGUACCGCACGGGCUGCCCCUGGCGCUCCCGCCACCUGCUGCGCCUGCUCAGCGCCAGCCACCAGCUGCGCCUGGCCCUGCAGCCCGCGCUGCAGCGGCUGCGGCAGCUGGAGGAGGCCCAAGAGAAGAAGUGCUACCGGGAGUCCUGCAUCAGCGACGUGCUGGAGCUGGACCUGGACCUGGACCCGGACCCGGCCAGCAGGGCGUCCCCUGGCUCCGCUGGCAGCGGGGACAAUGGGGACGGAAGCUGGCGUCCCCCGCACCGCCUCUCACUCCUCUCGUCUGGCAGCCACUGCAGCUCCCACUCGUCGGGCAUCGAGGCCGACUCCCAGCUGGCGGGGCCCACGGAGCCGGGGGAGAUGUCGGUGGAUGAGCCCUUCGUCGGGGCUGCAGCGCUCCGCGGGGAGGAGCCGCCCUGCAGCUCCAGCACCAGCCAGAGCAGCCGUGGCACAGUUGGUGGUGGCAGAGGUGGGCCUGAGGGCGACACCCGGGACCAGGGGGAAGCCUCUCCCCAGCAGCCCUCGGCCGUGGUUCGGGUCACGCUGGUGAGCACGAGGGGCCCGAGCGCUGAGGCCCUGCACCAGGUGCCGGAGGCCCGGGCGGCAGCCGGCCCCGCGGACCCGCACAGCCGCAGCGUGGACGAUGUGCGCCCCGCGCCCGCCCCGCGCUCGGCCCCGCGCCCCGCCCCGCGCAGCUGCCCCGUCCGCCGCGCGCUGGACCCGGGGCCGAGGAGGUCCGUGAACUCCCGCUCCCUGGACGUGCUCGGAGAAGACCAGCUCCCUGAGGAGUUUGUGGUGUAGACGCCUCGGGGCGCCGCUUCACCCCCGCAGGGCCCCGUCCACGCCGCACGGCUCCGCCCACUUGGCACUCUGUCCCUGCAGCGCCGCUCCAUCCACGCGGGGCUCCGUCCACGCUGCUCGGCUCUGUCCAUCUCUCCAUCCGCGUCUCGCCGGCCCUCUCUGCCCUGGAGGCUCCCGCCUCCCACCGCCAGGCUGAACGGGGCCUCUGGCACCGCCCCUUUUACCUGGCGGCUUUGCACCUUCACCUGUCUGAGGGGUGGAGCCAGCUGUGUCAGGCCUGGCGGUGCCGACUAGGUCUCACGUUCCCUGCUGCUCGGACUAUGGCCGGUCCGAGCAUCUUCCGUCCGCGUCUCCAGGAGGCAGAAGCCGAGGUCCGGGGCUCCAGUCUCUGCGCAGUGGCGCGUGGGCCGUGCAGCCUCUAACGCUCGAGGGAAGGUGUCUCAGCUCAGGGGUCCCCAACCGCCCGGCC